UUUUUAUAWAUACUGUACUAUUAAUAGUCAUUUAAGCCUAAUAUUAAAUUUUUAUUAUUAUAAACAAUUGGGAAUUUAAUAUAUCAUACAAUUUGAAAAAAUGAGUUAUAAUUUUACGAGUUUAUCAAACUUAUUGAUCGCUAAUAUCCAACAAAUCUCAACAAAUGUUAAUACUUUGCAAAAAUUGGUCCAACAGUUAGGCUGUGAAUUGGAUACAAUAGAAUUUCGAAGACAAUUACAAACACUUCAACAUCAGACUAACGAUUUGGCCAAACAAUGCAAUAGUAAUCUACAAGAGUUGACUCGUCUCGGAGUUUCAACCGAUGCCACACAAAAUAGAAAUAAUAAAUUGAUGUGUGAGAAGAUCAGGAGUGACUUUUUGAUUAUAUUAAACAAAUUUCAAGAAAUUCAAAGAAUUGCCGCACAAAAAGUUAAAGAAUUUACUCCAAAACAACCAAAACAUGAUAUCAAUACUAAUCAAGACAAAAAUUAUGGUAACGACGACUUUAAUUUCGAGUCGACUACCCUUUCAUUUAAAGAUGAACACCCUAUGGGUCAGACACAGACACAAUCACAGUUACAGAUGACUGAUCUUCAAGAGRAAAGAGAUCGCUUGGCUAUCGCUGAACAACAAAAUGAAACGUUUAGACGUCUAGARGCAGACAUAGUAGAUGUGAACCAAAUAUUCACUGAUUUGGCCCGUAUGGUACACGACCAGGGUGACAUUAUUACAACCAUUGAGGGUAGUAUUGAUGACACACAUAUCAAUAUUGUUAACGGCAAUCAACAGUUACAGAUUGCUGCCGAUUAUGCCAUGAAGGCCCGCAAAAAACGACUUUGGAUUGUUGUUAUACUUGUUGUUAUCUUAAUUAUAUUAACUAUUAUUAUUUAUUUUUCUGUUAAUCACUAA